AUGUACAAGAAGGUGAGACAGACAGAGGAUCCCACGUCACUGGGCGCUAAUGACGCCGGUCAGCUUCUGUCGCGUCCAUACUUCAGUACAAUCACACUUUCUACAAUGGCCAACGGAGACGACAACUCGACUGGCGCCAUCGGUGCGAAGCCUGACCCGCACGGCUUGAACGAGGGACGCUGCAGUCCGGCAGAUGCAACUGUCCACAGCCGAUUGAUGCACCGCUCUCUGAUCGACUCGAGACUGGGCUCGAACACGUCGAAUUUCGUGGAAACGGCCGGCUACCUCGACCGUCGGUUGGACGACGAAGAGGCCUCCGGCUCGGUCCGCUUCUGUUCAGAUCGGGACUCGGGCUCUCCGGUCUCGUCUCCUUCGGUCGGACUCAACUAUCCGCCCGCCCGCACAGCAUCAGAAAGCGUCGUCCGUCAGCAUGACGUCAUGCUCAGUGACUCGAUCUCGCUCAAUCUCCGCCCAACAACUGUUGGCAAGGCUUCACAGUCCGGACAUCCGAGCCAUCUGCAGCCGAGCUCACAUUUCCUCCUACCCUCUGGACCCUCAUCGUCCGGCAGCAGCGGAUGGACGUCGCUGAGUGGCCAGAAGGUCUCCUACAUGCCCAUCAAGUUUCGGAAUCAAGGAGACGCGAUCUGCGAUGACAACUUGUCACUUUCGGCCUCGUCGGUUCAUCUUCUGGCCGGUGGCGACAGUCGGAAAUCACAAUUUUCCACACAAUCUCGUGACCAUUCGAGCGGACCGUCCACGGGACAGACCAUUCGCGUGUAUGAAAACAGUGAAAUGGACUCGGGUGUCGGAUCCGAACCGGUCGGUGUUGUCGGUGAAGGCGCCUUCAGCGGCGACGCCACGGUCGACUCGUAUUCGUCAAUCCACUCCUCACCGCCGGCCAACAAAGACGACGAGCCGGGCCUAAUCGGCUCUCUGUUUCGAGGCGUUCAGUUUAGAACGUCGUUCUACAGACCGGGACGACACAUUUCGCUGAACGCCGGCAAAACCAUCUUCAACUGGUGA